AAAUUCGCGUUUAUAGCAUGGUGAUAGCAAUGGUCCAGUAUUACAAAUCUCGCGUGAUAAUGCGUGAAAAGCUGACAGUACAGUUGGUUCUGACACAGAUGUAAUCAUUGAUGUUGGCGUAUCCGUGCAGAUUGUAUUUAAUUUGCGCAAACAGGGUGAACAAAAUAGCUGCACAUUGAGACUAAUUAACAUGUACGUACCGCGUUACAUUCAGCUGGCUCGCCACAUGGUAUCUAAACCAGUCUGGGCGCUGUACGGUACGAGUAGCUCGGCUGAACUGCCCGAUUAUGGGAAAACCAGUGUAAAUAUCCACGAACACAAACUCCAGCGCCCCGAGAAGCCCCCUCCCCGACCCCUGGCGAGGCGCUGGCAGGGACUAAAGGGGCUCGGAGAGAGGACUAAGGGAUCACUGAUACCAGAAACUUUGGAACAAAUGGAAAGUGAUGAAGACUUCAAACUGACAGCUGCAGCGCUAAAGAAACUGGGACAAAAACAGAUGACGAAAGAGGAGUGGAAAUUACGUCAAAAACCAUUAGACAAGCUGGGGGUACGGAGUUUCAUGCAGUACACCAGGAAACAGAGAGAGAUCAAUGGGGUGGAAAAUCAAGACAGGAUACUCCGGAAGAAAAAAAUCAGCAUCCUGCAGCUGAACAUUGGACUCUAUUGUAACCAGGCCUGCAACCAUUGUCACGUGGAAUCAUCGCCAAAGCGACAAGAGAUGAUGUCACGUGAUGUGGUGGACACGUGCCUAGCAAUUCUGGAGAAAAGCCCGUCCAUUCACACCGUAGAUAUCACAGGCGGUGCCCCAGAGCUCUGUGGAGAGUUCCGCUAUCUUGUGCAGGGAGUCCGAAAACUGGGCAGAAAUGUGAUUGACAGAUGUAAUUUGACGUCACUUCUUGAACCAGGACAAGAAGACACUGCUAAAUUUUUGGCUGACAAUAAGGUCCAUGUUAUAGCAUCCCUACCAUGCUACAGCGCCAAAAAUGUCAACCAACAGCGCGGGAAAGGUGUCUUUGACAAAAGUAUUCAGGCCCUGGUGUUGUUGAACUCUCUUGGGUAUGGAAAAGAGGACACGGGCUUGAAGUUAGACCUAAUGUACAAUCCACUGGGUGGAUUUCUUCCUCCUCCCCAAGCCGACCUUUGGACCAAAUACAAAGCGGAACUGUGGGAUGUCUUCGGAAUUGAGUUCACUGACCUUUACACCUCCACAAACAUGCUCAAGCGUUUCCUGGAUUUUUUGUAUCGAAGAAACGAACUGGAGAGUUACAUGGAGCUCUUGGUGCGCAAUUUUAACGUGGACACCGUUGAUAAAGUGAUGUGUUUGGAUUACUUGUCUGUUAGUUGGGAUGGCGUAAUAUAUGACUGUGAUUUUAACCAACAACUUGACAUGCCCAUCCUUCAUGGCCGACCAUUACAGAGUCAAUCAGGUGAACCCGUUGAUUCAGUCAGACAGAAGAAAGCGAUGACGGUUUGGGACAUCGAGUCGGCCGACGAUCUCGUUACCUCGAGGAUUGUAGUGGACAAUCACUGUUUCGGUUGUACCGCUGGCAUGGGGUCAAGCUGACAGGGAACAACCGUCUAAGGGUGAGAGUGUUACCUUCUUCGCCUGAACACACAGGUAGACAAUCAGCAAUUGCGAUUCCGGAAAGAGAAUCAUUGCAAUUUAAGAUGGUAUAUAUCUUUUGUGUUCACAAAAGGUUUCCUCUCCCUUUGGGCGUUUCCAUAUGUAUAUGGUGCGUUAUAUGAUGGUCAUAUUGUGUAAAGUGCUCUGCUGUGUAACGAUCUUAAACCUAUCCAUUUGAUUUUUGCUGUGGGUGUCGUUCUUUAUAGUUUUGUGCAACGUCCAUUGGUUCGGUUGUGCAGGGGGUUGACAAUUAUGGCUGUGAAGAAAGUAUAACUGGAUAUGUGAUCUUGAUCCCAGUGUUUUCAGAUCUAGAAUCUGUGCUCAGGUGAAAUCCAGGACGAAGAAAUUACUAACUUUGUCGUAUUCAAACUUUAUUGAUGGAGACGGCAAUGUAUUUAACCCACUACUGUCUUCUAC